CACAAAAGUUCGCGAAGAAAAGACGGGUCGUCCGGGGUCUCCGAGUGCUGCUGUAUAAAAGAUUGAAUUUUACUUCCUAAUUCAACUUAAAAAUAGACCCGCCUUUUAACAGUGCAAUCACACCCUGAAAGGAAAUUAAGCAGCAGCAGCAUCAACUCGGUGAACACCGGAAAGUGCAUCAGAAUUUUUCAGGCGCCAGCAGCUCCGUGUACGGUGAUAGUUGUUCCGUUGAAAAACGUGUAGUGAUUAAAAGUGUGACACAAAAUCGAGUGAAUUUCUCGCUAACAAAAUGCCGCAAUCCAAGAGCAACGGCUUUGCCAGUGGAUCCAAUGGUCACAGCGGAUAUGAAAUGGAGGACGGAUGCUCCUUCCUCUUUACGUCGGAGUCGGUCGGCGAGGGCCACCCAGAUAAAAUGUGUGAUCAAAUUAGCGAUGCCAUUUUGGACGCACAUCUCACACAGGACCCCAACGCUAAGGUGGCUUGUGAAACUAUUUCCAAGACUGGCAUGAUCCUGCUCUGCGGUGAAAUUUCAUCGAAGGCGGUGAUCGACUACCAGAAGGUGGUCCGUGAAACCGUACAGCAUAUUGGCUACGAUGAUUCGUCCAAAGGGUUCGACUAUAAGACAUGCAACGUGUUGCUCGCACUGGAUCAACAAUCAUCCGAUAUUGCCGCCGGUGUGCAUGAGAACAGGACCGACGAUGAAGUUGGUGCAGGCGACCAGGGAUUGAUGUUCGGUUAUGCCACCGAUGAGACUGAAGAGUGUAUGCCGUUGACAGUCGUGUUGGCUCAUCGCUUGAAUGAGAAGAUUGCCGAGCUGCGUCGCAGUGGCGAAUUCUGGUGGGCACGCCCGGAUUCGAAGACGCAGGUCACGGCCGAGUACUCGUUCGAGUCGGGUGCAUGUAUUCCGCAGCGUGUGCAUACGGUCGUCGUUUCGCUGCAGCAUUCCGAUAAGAUUACGCUCGAGGAGCUGCGCAAGGAGAUCAUGGACAAGGUGAUCAAGGAGGUGAUUCCGGCGAAGUACUUCGAUGCGAACACGAUCGUCCACAUCAAUCCGUGCGGUCUGUUCAUUAUCGGUGGUCCGCAGGGCGAUGCGGGACUGACCGGACGCAAGAUCAUCGUCGACACGUACGGUGGUUGGGGUGCUCACGGUGGUGGUGCCUUCUCGGGCAAGGAUUUCACCAAGGUCGACCGAUCGGCCGCGUACGCUGCCCGCUGGGUCGCGAAGUCGCUUGUAAAGGCGGGCAUCUGCCGCCGUUGCCUGGUGCAGGUGGCGUAUGCCAUCGGACUGGCCGAGCCACUGUCAAUCACAGUAUUUGAUUACGGUACCUCAAAGUACAGCCAGAAGGAGCUACUGAAGAUCGUGUCGGACAACUUCGACCUGCGCCCCGGUAAGAUCGUAAAGGAUCUUAAGUUGCGUACACCUUUCUAUCAGAGUACCAGCACCUACGGUCACUUUGGACGCCCCGGUUUCCCGUGGGAGGAACCGAAGGAGCUGAUCGUUGAAUGAUCGAGCUCCUCGGGUGCGGUCGAACUGCCGUCACCGACCGUCGCCGAGGAGAAGCUGACUAACUGCCGUACAGGCAGUAUCGCCCUCAGCACGGAGACACCUUCCGCAGAAUCGGAAUCGACGGAGGCAGCGAGCGCAGCCAAGAAAGCUAAACUAGAUUCAUAAGAAUUUCCUCAUUUCUCUUCAUUACGAUUACUUUUAUUUUUUUUAUGCUUAUAUUCAGCAUCAGUGAUAGGUUGUAAAGAAUGAAGUGCUUACGUGUUUUACACCAUUUUUCCUCUCGUCGAUACACUAUCAUUUGAAAAGACGAUCCUGCACGCGUACGCGGGCCGAAAACAUUCUGAUGCACAGUUCCCCGCACAUCAUAAAAGCGCUGAUUAUUAAUUAGCUGUAGAGAACAAGAGAAGAGGGGUCCGUCAAUAGAAUUCGCCAACGCCAAUAUGUUCCCAUGGCGUCAUAAGUAAAAGCAAAUGAUUGGCAAACGAAAUACGUCAAGCUAUGGGAACGGAAUAUGGAGUAAAUUGAAUUUACUCCAUGAGCUGGAAGGAAAAAAUCUGGUAGCUUUAGGAAAGGAAAACAUAAACCUUUAAAUUUAAUUACUUAAAAUGUAUAUGGAGACCCGCCCGCUACACCCUAACAGAGCUAGACCAUCAGGUUGGCCACAGUAGGAACCCGUUUCUAAGUUCAAAGUGCGCCUCCGGAACACCAUCGACGGAUGGUUGCUGCCUGCUGCAAAACUUGUUGUGCAGUGUGUAGAAGAAUGCCCCUCCUCCCGAUGCCACUAAAAGGAGUGAAGGUUGUGUUCCAUGGCUAACGGCAUUUCACUUUUCCGCUCCACACUUGAGUGAAAUGAAAGCAACGAAAUGAUGCUACCCAUGGAGCCGUCGGCACCUCAGGAAACUAUAUUGAAUUUGGAUUAUAAGCUAUCGAAGGUGUUUUACACAGGAAAAUUAACGUUAGUUUGUAAGUACGAAAGCAGAAAAAUGGCAAUGAAUAGGAAAGUACUAGAACGGCACUACUACUUGCUGCUUGAUUAGAACACUUUCGUUCGAGACAUUUGAGUUUGACUAUUUGAACACAUAUUCUCGGUGCUCAUUUUAGGGAUUAUGUUCCGCCAAAGGACACAACAACCGUUUUCCUCGAAUCUAUUUCACAACAGCUACAUGAUCAUAAUAGAUGAAUAUAAUAAUCUACCAUGUACUGCCAUAUUACUACUACUAUCGGUAGUAGUAAAUCAUAUGAAGGAAGGUCACCUCACGCCAUGCACAAAAUAAUUUACCUAAAACUGCCAUCCUUCGAGGGUACGCGAGACAUCAUGACUAACAAUGUUGAAAUGCCGAAGCUUUUGUGGUUUUAGGAUUUAAAAUCCAUAAAUUUAAAUUCUGAGAGUACAAAAUCAUGCAAAAUGGACACACAGAGUGUAAAACAAUUGGCAUUAUGCAACAGCAGCAAUUCACACAGCUGAGAUAGCUUUUAGAGUAAGGUUAGAGAAGAUGAAAACGAAAACGAAAACAUUGGCCAUGCAGGUAUUGGUAUGUCGGACCUGUUGCUCAAGUAAUUCAAAUUCAAGGUAGUUUUAUCUUCUACAUUAACUUGCACACGUUUUGUGUUGUGUUUACGAAAAGGAUUUUAUUUGUGGAAAAGAGCUUUUUCGAAAAUACUCCGGUCCGCCGGGUGGUUGAAGGGUGCUUCUUGGUACAGCCAAAAAAAGAAGAAAAAUAUAAAAAGUAUGUAAAACAAAAAAAGGUAACUACAGCAAAAGAACAAGAAUGAUGAGUAACUGAUGAAUGUACAGAGUGCAGAUAGUACAGCUUAUCAUAAAGCCCACUUGCCAGAAGACAAUAUCUGUGUAAUAAAGUAUGUUACAGCCAAAAUUGUCUAGCUAAACACAGCAGAAACAAACCAGUCGUUAUUGGUUUCAAAUAAUAAUUGCCAUAUGUUCAUGAAAUGAAAAUGAUAAGUUACUCUAGGUACAAACAGAAUACAGACAAAAUUGCUUCACAAUCUAUCGCGCGAAAAACCCGGUAGACAAGCACAGUAAAACGAAACAAUGAUUGUUCUGCACAUAAAAUGUAGCUGCGUAGAAGCGGGGAGUAUGGA